GUAAAGCCUCCAGAGGACCUUCAGGACCUGGGAGUGAGGUUCCUCCAGCCCUUCGUCAACCUCCUCUCCAAGGCCACAUACUGGUGGAUGAACCCCCUGAUUAUAGGAGCCCAUAAAAGACCCAUUGAGCUGAAGAAGAUUGGCAAACUCCCCAUCGCCAUGAGAGCCCUCACCAACUACCUGAAGCUCAAAGACGCCUACGAGGAUCAGAGGCAGAAUGCCGAGGACCCAGAGAAGGCUCCAUCCAUCUGGCGUUCUAUGUACCGGGCGUUUGGCCGACCCAUCCUCCUCAGCAGUACCUUCCGUUACCUGGCGGAUCUGCUGGGCUUCGCCGGGCCGCUCUGCAUCUAUGGCAUCGUCGAACAUCUCAACAAAAAGCCCGUCAAGGAAGGGAGUGUG